CGUGUAGUGUGGUGCAAAAAGUCUAGCAGAAAAUGAGUUUUCUACACGGACUUAUUAUAAUCACCAUAACGAUCCAGUUAAUAACAACUCAGGAAACGCAUACAACCAAUCAAUUUCAACAACUGAAUUCCACUGAUAGUCCCUUAAAUAUAAAUGAAUUAGAAGGCACUACGUCGACAAGCAUAAGUGGAGGAAACGAGAAAUGUUACAAAAACAACAAUACGACAAGUCUCACUCAGCUUCAACUCGUACUAUUGGAAGAGGCUUCCAUCAGGGUAGCACUGACUGAAAUUGAAGAAGGAAACUUAGAAUUUCUAUGGGACUUUCUGAAGAAUUUGAAUCCGGCCGGUGAGCCAUUAAUGGAAAAAAUCAUCAAACGAAGUGUAGAGAAGUAUUUCAGGAAAGCAUCCAUAUUAUAUUAUGGUACUGCCGGUAUUGCUGAAUUAAACAGUUGCUUUGAUAGUGGUUUCUUGAAGUUGUUAAAGUUUGUGAAUCAAUCGCCUAAUGCAAGUUGGAAACUGGUAGGAUAUCAAACGUUGUUUAAUGAAAUUACAUUUAAUACAACAACCAGUCAGAAAAUAUCACUGUUUCUAAAUCUACAACACUACAUUAGUCAAGACGAAUCAAUCAUCACAGACGCAGACUUCCAAACUUUGUUGCAUAACACAGAAUCGUCAAUAGAUGAUCUCAUUCAAUCUUUUAAGCCAAAACCCUCGUUUUUUGAUUGUGGUCCACCAAUGGUUCAUUUUGACUAUUUGAUCAAACGGAUUUGUUUAACCUAUCCAAAUAAAAUAGCGCAACUGUGGAAUGAGCUGUCGGAAAGAUAUUCGAUGGAACUACUUCUUCAGUUUGUUAUGGAAUUAGAGACGAACAAUCGAAUGAACUAUACCUCGCUGGCUAUACCGCAAAUAAAAAACGAGCUCCAGUUCUAGCUACAGUUACAGCUCCAGCUCAUCCAAUAUCAGUUAGUAAUAAAUUUUUUUGUUUCAUAGGAAUUUCAACUGUCGUCUUAGAAGUAAA